UGCAUUAAAGUAAUAGCAGAAGGAACGAUCAGUCACCAGGUCGGAUGGUAGUGUCGGCCGCGAACAACUAUUUCUUCGAUGUCGUGAUAUUAAGCUAAGUAUAUAUCUGCAAGACAAUAUCAGGCUUGGGCUGCUGCUUUAAAGUUCCGUUAUUCCAUUGACACCGGUUAAAACUACCCUCGAGAGUUCAUCAUGAUGAUCUGGCUACCAUUACACUUUUUUACGAUUGCGAUUCUGACGUCUGGAUUGAAGUUGACAAUGGCUGACACUUUAAACUAUGAUAAAUUUGUAUACAGCGAGUUCAACGAUCCUGAACGAGACCAACUUUUAUAUGGCCAUUUCCCAGAUAAUUUUACAUGGGCAGUAGCAACUGCGUCGUACCAAGUAGAAGGUGCCUGGAACGAGGACGGCAAAGGUUUGAGCAUCUGGGACACAUUCACUCAUCAGCCUAACCAUAUUUAUAAGAACCACAACGGCGAUGUAGCUUGCGAUAGCUAUCACAAGAUUGCUGAAGAUAUCGAUAUACUAAAAGACUUAGGUGUCACUCAUUAUAGGUUUUCACUGUCGUGGCCCAGAAUUCUUCCUGAUGGAACUGUUGAUAAUAUUAACAAUGCUGGUAUUGAUUAUUACAACCGUUUAAUUGACGCGCUGAUUGCUGCCAAUAUACAACCUAUGGUCACUUUAUAUCACUGGGACCUUCCACAGUCUCUCCAAGACAUCGGCGGAUGGAGCAACGACAUACUUGCUGUGUAUUUCAAUUUAUAUGCAGAACUUUGCUUCGAAAAAUUUGGAGACAGAGUCAAAACGUGGAUUACCUUGAAUGAGCCAUACAUCGCUGCUAGGAUGGGCCAUGAAAUGGGCGUACAUGCACCUGGUCUACGUCACCAAGGUACAACAAUCUACAGAGUGGGUCACACUAUGCUGAAGGCACAUGCCAAAGCGUGGCACAGCUACAACACUAUUUACAGACCUGACCAGAAAGGUUCUAUCGGCAUCACUCUGGUUGGUUUCUGGGGAGAACCUGCAUCUGACAGUGACGAAGACAGGGCAGCUGCUGAUAGAUAUGUCCAGUUCAUGCUCGGUUGGUUCGCUCAUCCCAUCUUCAUUGGAGAUUACCCGGAUGUGAUGAAAGAACAAAUUCUGAAGAAGAGUCGUGCACAGGGUCUUACAUCUUCGCGUUUACCAUCCUUCACUGAGGAAGAAAUCAACUUGAUUCGUGGUACGAGCGAUUUCAUUGGCCUGAAUUACUACACGACACAACUAGUUCGUCAUGCUGAAACUGAAACGUUGCCGGUCGGAUUCUUAGAAGACCAGGACCAAGUCGCGUGGUAUAACGAGAGCUGGCCGAAAACCGGAGUACCUUGGCUGCGACCAGUUCCAUGGGGGUUUCGCAAGAUUAUGAAUUGGAUUAAGAUGAAUUAUGAUAACCCACCAAUCAUUAUAACUGAGAACGGUGUAGCAGAGUUUAGUGAUGGGAAGGAACAACUAUUGAAUGACACAUGGAGAAUACAAUACAUUACCUCACAUGUCAAUGAAAUGUUAAAAGCCCAUCAUAAAGACGGAGUAGAUGUGCGUGGAUACACGGCAUGGUCCUUAACGGAUAGCUUCGAGUGGACGGCUGGAUAUGCUUAUAGGUUUGGUUUGUAUUACAUGAAUGCCGAUGAUCCGAUUAGAAAACGAAUACCCAAAGCUUCUGUGGACUCUUUCUCUGAAAUUAUAAGAAAUAAUGGAUUUUUGUUGCCUUAUGAGCAAGAGAUCAAGAUGGGUGCAAUGGGCACGUUUGGGAAAUGGAUUCAAAGUUUUUCUCAAGUUUUUCGAAAAGGUUAG